CUUUUUAUAAUUUUGAUUAUUAAAUCUCUGCAAUUUGCCGAUAAAAGGUUUGUGAGAUAAUGUUGCAGUUAUUAAGUGUAUCCUUUAUUGUAAUAAUUGAGACUGUAAACUUCUGUACCGGCGCAGGCGAAACGAUAAAUGUAUUUAAUCAAUUACAAACAAAAGUGCCAGAAGACAUUCAAGCACAGACUGUAAAACGUCUGAUACAACAAUUAAUACCAGACCGAGCCGAUUCCUUUGUUGUGAAUGUUAAUGCUGCUUUGAGAACACCUGAUGGACGUGAUGUUUUCAUUUUGAAAAAACUUGACGAUAAUGGUACGGUAAAUAUUGAAGGAAGUAGUGGUGUAGCCGCAGCUUGGGGAUUCAAUCAUUACUUAAAGUUCUUUUGUAAUUGUCAAGUAGCAUGGGAAACAGAACAAUUAUCAUUACCGAAAACUUUACCAAAUGUUGAUAUUCGAAUAAAAGCCAAUGAUCGGUUCCGUUACUACCAAAAUGUUUGCACAUCAAGUUAUACAUUUGCAUGGUGGGAUUGGACCCAAUGGGAAAAACAUAUUUAUUGGAUGGCAUUAAACGGUAUCAAUUUACCUUUAGCAUUUACUGCACAAGAAGCCAUUUGGGAUCGCGUUUAUCGUAAAUAUUUCAACUUAACUGACAAUGAUAUCGAUGAACAUUUUACUGGACCUGGAUUUUUUGCAUGGGAACGGAUGGGUAAUAUGCGUGGUUUCGGAGGACCAUUAACUAAUUCAUGGCAUAAUGCAACAAUUGCAUUACAAAAACAAAUAUUAGAACUCAUGAGAUCAUUAGGAAUGAUUCCUGUUUUAACAGCAUUUGCUGGGCAUGUUCCAAGAGCUUUUAAAAAUCUGUUUCCAAGUUCAAAUAUGGUUUUAGCCUCUAGAUGGAAUUCAUUUGAAGAUAAAUAUUGCUGUCCAUAUUUAUUGGAUCCAACGGAUCCAUUGUUUAAAGUUAUUGGUAAAUUGUACGUAGAAGAGACAAUUGCAGAAUUUGGUACAGAUCAUGUAUAUGCUUGUGAUCCAUUUAAUGAAUUGACACCCAGUACAACAAAUGAAACAUAUUUGGAAUCAUUUGGAGAAAGAAUAUUUGGUACUAUGUUAUCCGCUGAUCAGGAUGCGGUCUGGGUUUUACAAGGUUGGUUUAUGGUUAAUGCACCACAAUAUUGGAGCAAGUCUAGAAUUAAAGCAUUCUUAUCAAAAAUACCAAUUGGUAGUCUUUUAAUAUUGGAUUUAAUGUCAGAGUUAUUUCCACAGUAUAAAUUAAUGGAUAAUUAUUUUGGACAUUAUUUUAUUUGGUGUAUGUUACAUAAUUUUGGUGGUACUUUAGGAAAUUUUGGAUCGAUUCCAAAUAUUAAUAAGGGAAUUUUUGAUGCAAGGACCUACAAUGGUUCCACAAUGAUUGGCGCGGGUUUAACACCCGAAGGAAUACUUCAAAAUUAUGUUGUAUAUGAUUUUAUGGUUGAUAUGUUUUGGCGACCGAAUUCAGUUAAUUUAUCUGAAUGGUUUACAGAAUAUAUUGGUAGACGAUAUGGCCAAAUUGAACAACAUAGUAAUAACGCCUGGCAAAUUCUAAAGGCUGGAAUUUAUAACUACACUGGUACAGUUCAUCUGCAUGGCGCAUAUGUUUACAAUAUAAAACCAAGUACCAAACUACAACCAUCGUAUUGGUAUGACGUAUGUGAAUUUUUCGAAGCUUGGGAUGAAUUUGUUAAUGCUGCAGAUACAUUAUCAGAGAGUGAAGCAUUCCAAUACGACAUAGUUGAUUUUUCAAGACAAGCAUUGCAAAUUUUAGCCGAUGAAUACUAUAAUGAACUAAUUCGAGCCUUUAAAAAUAAAGAUAUUGAUGAAUUCCAGCGCACUGUUAAAUUAUAUUUAAAUAUAUUUGACGACGUGGAGAAAUUAUUAAAUUCCAAUAAAAACUUUUUACUUGGAAAUUGGUUAGAAAUGGCUAAAAAAUUGGGUGAAAAAUACGAGGCAUAUCCGGGUCAAUUUGAAUACAAUGCACGUAAUCAAAUUACAUUAUGGGGACCAAAUGGUGAAAUAGAUGACUAUGCCAACAAACAAUGGGCCGGUAUCGUGUCCGAUUUUUUUAAACCCCGUUGGGAAGUUUUCUUAGAAGGUAUGAAUACAUCUUUAAUAACUGGAACUAAAUUUAAUGAAGCUGCCCAAAAAAGUAAAGUUUUCAAAGAAGUUGAACAACCAUUUACAUUUAGCCGAAAAUUAUAUCCGACUGAUCCAAAAGGCAAUUCAAUAGAAAUAGCAAAAAUUAUCCAUAAAAGAUGGUGGUUGGAUUCAAGGUUUAAAGAACAAUGUAUGUACCGACUAACACCAUAUGUAUCGAUUGUUAAUUAAUAUUUUAAUAAUAAAGGAAAUGAACCGUGCAAACUA